AGAGCUGGGCCAAGCCUGCUGCCUCACGCAGCGGGUUAUGUAAGUGUAACUCGAUACCUUUGCUCAGAGAGGGCUGUACACAAAGUGGCAAACGAGGUGAGAGUGGGCCUUCCUCAGAGGGGAUAGGAGUGUGAACGGACAGGUCUGCACUCAUGGAGUCCGAGGACUUUGACUGCGUGGUGGUAGGAGCCGGGAUCCAGGGCUCCUUCACUGCUUACCACCUGGCCAAAAACAACAAGAGAACACUUCUGCUUGAACAGUUUGUCCUGCCUCACUCGCGGGGGAGCUCUCACGGUCAGACGCGGAUCAUCCGGAAGGCGUACGACCAGGACUUCUACACACACAUGAUGGAGGAGAGCUACCAGCUCUGGUCUCAGCUGGAGAAAGAGGCUGGAGUCCAGCUGUACAGACGGACAGGCAUGCUGCUGAUGGGGCCGGAGAUGGGGGAGGAGUUCCUGCUCUAUAAGAACACCAUGGAGAGGAACGGCAUUCCCACCGUCACCCUGGAUCCGGCCGAAUUCAGCGCGUACAUCCCCCACGUCAACCGCUGCCCGGGACACGCCGCCAUCGUGGACACCACUGCGGGGGUGCUGUACGCCGACCGCGCCCUCCGGACCGCGCAGGAAGUCUUUCGGAGACUGGGCGGAGUCAUCAGGGAUGGAGAGAAAGUGAUUGACAUCAAGCCUGGCACCCCAGUCACCGUGACAACAGCGUCCAGAAUAUACAGGGCUAAAAGUCUGGUGAUCACAGCCGGGCCCUGGGCUAACAUACUGCUGUCACACACCAACCUCCACCUCCCACUGCAGGUGCUGAAGAUAAACGUGUGUUACUGGAGGGAGAGGACCCCGGGCAUGUACAGCGUGGGGAAGCGCUUCCCCUGCUUCCUGCAGAUGGGCUCAGAGGAGCACCACAUCUACGGCCUCCCAGCCAAUGAGUAUCCGGGACUGAUGAAGAUCUGCUACCAUGUGGGCAGUGAGACGGAUCCGGACGAGCGGGACAGACAGACGGACAGGGGGGACAUCGCCAUCCUGUCCCGGUACAUCUCCCGCCAAUUCCCCGGCCUGGUGCCUGUCCCAGCAGUGGUGGAGAGCUGCAUGUACACGGUGACUCCAGAUCAUCAUUUUGUGCUGGAUUGCCACCCCUCCCACAGGAACAUCGUCAUUGGUGCUGGGUUCUCAGGGCACGGGUUCAAGUUUGGGCCAGUGGUGGGGAAGGUGCUGUGUGAGCUUGCCCUGGGUAGGAUGCCCUCCUAUGACCUUUCACCCUUCAAAAUCCAGCGUUUCCCGUCCCACUCAAAAGCUGCUCUGUAGGGCAGAGAAUCUGAGAAACCACAGCCCUGGAUCCUGAAAACCACAGCCCUGGAUCCUGAAACCCACAGCCCUGGAUCCUGAAAACCACAGCCCACAGAUCCAGAAAAAUACAGGCAUGGAUCCUGAAAGUUUCCGUAGCAUUCCCAAAUGUCCUGUGCUGUCCUGUUAACUACUUGUCAAUUAGUGUAAUUGGUUACACAUUUAAGAUGUAUUCAUACUGCACUGACAUGUUGAAUCAUCUCCCCAGUAUUAUUAUAAAUGUAUUUUAUCUGCAUAUGACUGCCAAUUUCUCUCCCUUUUUCACCGCUCAGGCUAUGUUUGAUUUGCGAGUAAAAGACAACAUAGAUUACAUUAUGAAAGUUUGAAAUACAUUGCUUUGUAUUUUAAAAAAAACAAAAAAAACAGCACGGUGGCAUAGUGGAUAGUACUGUUAGGCUACUUUGGGGGGCAUUAACAGGGUGUUGCUGCAAAAGAGCAUGCAUGCUCAGUCAACUUACCCUGCCUACCUUCAUCAAUUCUGAUGUGGGAGCCCCAUCUCCUUUUGCCGAUAUAAGGAUUAUGAUCUUGUUUUUGGCAGUUAUCCACGAUGAUUCAAUGCUAGAUUCACUAAUCAAAUCGUAGUUCACUUUUAUGAAAUGGAGUAAGGCCGAAUUUAAUUAAUCAGAUAAUUUCACACAAGACACAUCAAAUUAGCCUAGAUUGUUCAAGCGACGUAUCGGAAAUAGGGCACUGGAUCCUGAAAACCACCAUAAUAACAAUAAUAAUAAUAAUAAUAAUGAUGAUGAUGAUGAUGAUGAUGAUGAUGAAAUGUUGAUGCUUUUAUCCAAAGUGACUUACAGUUGAUUAGACUAAGCAGGGACCAAUCCCCCCUGGAGCAAUGUGUGGUUAAGGGCCUUGCUCAAGGUCCAGCAGCUGUGCAGAUCUUAUUGUGACUACACCUGGGCUUGAACCACCAACCUUCCACGUCCCAGUCAUGUACCUUAACCACUCGGGCUGCAAGCUAAUCACAGGACAGAGUAGACCAGUUAGCAGACAGCGUGCCUUCAGCAGAGGUAAACUAGGCCUGGAUGAUUCAGAGUGCAAGUUUAUGGUUCUGCGAUGUCACCAUCCCUGUCCACAAACCUGAGUGCCGGCCUUCAAGCAGCUUGUCUCCUCUCCCCGACCCACAGAUCAGUCAUCGGCUAACAGCCCGCUGUAAUGCCCGCGGAAUUACAUUUUAACCUCACCGUAGGACUGUAAACGCACUGGCGUGCGGCAAAAUUAAACUUAAACUGCCGACUCGUUAGCGUGUGAUUUAGUCCAUUACCUCUCGCCCUCUCCCCGAGGCUCCCCCCAUCUCAUUCCCUCUCCUCCCUCCUUCCCUCCCUCCCUCCCUCUCUCUCGUCUUGAAAAUGAAGUAUGUUGUUAAAAAGCCAUCAGCCAUGGAGUGAUUCUUCUGCUUGUGGCAGAGCCGAAUGAAAGGCAUUGUUGUUCAUUUUUUUACUCCCCCCCCCACACCGUUACACCUCAAGCCUCACCCCCCCCCCGCCGACCCCCACACCCCCCUGCCCGCUCACAUUUCCCUCCGUAAACAUCUUAAUCCCUAAUCAGUCAGGCGGCGAUGAGGAAGAGGCCGCAGUCAUCAGCGGGAAUGGGAAAAUUAUGCAGCAGGACUGAAGGGGCACAGAGAGCCAUCAAUUCUGAGGAGGAGGGGGCUAAAUGAAUAUGUAUUGAUGGAGGCAGAAAACGGCAGGAUUAAAAGGCCAUUAAACAUACCAGGCGGAAUUCAUCUUCCAUAAAAUCUGUGGAAAGACACACACACACACACACACACACACACCCAUGUGGUGCAGUAUGCACUCAAACAGUGUUGGGGCAGAGGGUGGGGGGGGUCGCAUAAAUGUGACAAUGUCUUUUUCUGUUAACAUGUGCUCAUUCCCCACUUCCACCUGGCCCACUGAGCAAGGGAACAGGAAUUCCCCACAAUCACCAGUUUUAAUUAAAAUUUGCAGUUGACUUAACUUGCUACAAUUGUAUUUCCUCACAUAAAACAAGUACAAAAAUAAUCCACUUCACUGCAGUAGCAAUGUAUAUAAUGGCUGUUUACUAACAGUAACAGUGAAACCCCACGAGUGAGAUGCGAACACCAACAGGAAACCUCUGUUUCUGUGAGCCAUCCCUCCUCACAGCACUCUGCCUUUGGUUCAGUGUAUAACCCAGUGUAUAAGAGAAAGUUAAUGAGAAGUCAACCAUUUUGCUUUGUUUUGCCAAAAUCAACUAAAACGGUGCUUCUACCCAAUUGAGUGCCGAGAGCGUUCCAUAGUAGACCUACGUCCCUUGUUUGAAUUGAUCCUAUGGAGCCAGCUAUCCAAUGGAACCCACGUACAGUGCCACCCAUAAAACCGACUGCUUGAGCCACAGAACCCAAGGAAGCUAGGAACCGAAUGUUGGGAUAGAAGGAGGAAACUGUAGGACUGAAAAUGAGCGACCGUUAUUUAUCUGACCUGCAAAAGUAAACUGUAGUAACGGAAUGUAAAUGGAGCCCACUUUCUGUACAAUGCAUUUAAAUGAGCUGAUUGUGAAGUGUUUGCUUCAUCAACACAGUGGACAUUAGCAUGUUUGACCUCGUGCAACCCGUCAUCACAGCAGAUAGGCCAGAAGAUACUGAACCCUGCCUGCAGACCCCCCACAUGACCCCACUCACCAUGACCCCUGAAACGACAGGCUCGCUCUCUCAGGGGUUAUGACUCUUCACCUUCAGUUCCCGCAUUAUCCAAACCAGGGGAGCAACGGCUCACAAAACUCACUGUUCGGUACUGCUCACUUUCUGGUUUCACAGUUUGGUUCAGUUCUGUACAUUUUGUACAGAACUGAAAAAUGAGUCAAGUGAAAAAUGAGGGCUUCCACUUUAGAAAAAUAAAAUAAAAUAGCUUAAAAAUGCAAAUAUCACCCUUCACGGUAAUACCACCGAACUGACUGGUGUUAUUUUUCACACCACUUCACAAUAGAGAUUAUAAGCAUACUGGUAUAAAUUGCACUUCAGGGAACAAAAUGAUCAUAUCACAUGAUAUUGUACCAUAGAAUCAUAAGUGAAGGUAACACCACAGACAUUCAUUCUUUUUAACACCACAGUCUUUUAAAAGACUUAAAAAAAUUUUUUUAUCAUUAAGCUCUCAAAUUUGGGGAAGAAUAGUGGUAAGAUGUUGGGAAAUUAAAGAUAAAUCUAAAAAGAAAACAUUCUCAACUUGUUUGCAACAGUUAAAAAAUAAUCACCCACAUAUUUCAAUCAAUCGUAUGAUGAGAUCAGUCACAAAUGUCAUACCGGAUAACAAUAUUUCUUUUUUUGCUUUUAUUACCACCUAAUUCAUAUGAACACCCAGUAAAAAUCCAGUGAGAGCUCAACAAGUAUGUCAAAUCUUACACAAAACUUUUACUGAGAAGUGACCCACUCUGGAAUGUCUGAAAAUGCUUUCUUGUACAUAACACUGCACUGUUAGUGUUCUCAACUUGAUCAAUUUCAAUUAUGCAUUUUGACUGCAAAAAUCUGUGUCAUCCACCCUGACUGUAAUUGUUCCCCUGCAGGACAGUUUUUAUAAACAAUGAUUAGUCUCACAAUAAUAGACCUCUAAAGUAUGAUAACAUAACUACAGUGUGGGGGCGACAUUGGCCCAGGUGGUAAGAGCUGUUCUCUGGCAGUCGGAGGGUUGCCAGUUCAAUCCUGCCAGUCCCUGUGCAAGACACCUGACCCCCAAAUGCACCAGACAAGCUGGUAGGUGCCUUGCAUGGCAGUCAAUUGGUGUAUGAUUGGGUGAAUGAGAAGCAUCAAUUGUACUGCGCUUUGGAUAAAGGUGCUAUAUAAAUGCCAACCAUAUACCAUUAAAAAGGGCUUCUCUACAACUGCACUUGUUACUUUGCUGAUCCAUUGGAUAACUAAUAGAACAAUGUCAUUGUAAAUAACGGCUUACUGAUUAGUCUGGCAAAAUAAACCACUAUAGAAUGAUUUUCAAUACGAGAAAAGAAUGUUAUCAAAGCUCAGAUUUUCUUUGAAAUGAAAAUGCACUUCCCCCAUUGCUAAUAGGUCAAGAUUCUUGCGGGCCUUAUACCUGGCUACUCUCUCUUGGUAGGACAUCAAGAGCAGAAUGUGAAAACUGUACUUGGAAAGGAUAUAUUGAUUCCUAACGGUUAAUAAAAUAAUAAUUAUAUUUACAAAAA